AUGAAUGGGGAAGAUCCUUUAAAUCGAAUAAAUUUACAAGCAUUACAAAAUCGUGAUCCUUACAUAAUAAAAAUUCUUGAUCAGGCACAGCGUGUUUGCGUUUAUAAAUUUUUGCCUGAUAAACAAGAAUGGGAACGAAAAGAUCUUGAAGGAACAUUAUUUGUAUACGAAAGAAAUUGUGAACCCUAUAAUGGCUUUGCUAUACAGAGUACAGUAUCAAUGGAUACAUUUAUACAAAUAUUGAAACCAAAUAUGCAGUUUGAACAAAGUGGCGAGUGCUUUCUACAAUAUAAGGUCGAUGCUUCUGAUAUUUACGGCCUAUGGUUUAUCUCAAGUAAAGAUUGUCCAGAAGUCACAGAAUGUUUAAAAAGAUUAACAGCUGCUGCUAAUGAGCGAGCUUUCAAAAAAUUACAACAGCAGCAACAAACAUCGAAACAGUCACUGUCAUUAGUUAGUAAUCAUCUAAACGAUCAACAGUCGCUGCGCCACUUAUUAUCGUCCAAUGAUGAAAAAAAAGCAACUGAUGAACUUUCAUCGGCAUCCUCCUCAUUUUCGUCUUCAUCAGCAAAUGGAAACGAUCAAAAUGUGGAUAUUUUCAAAAUGCUAGUUGGAGCACAAGAAAAAUUUCAGGACUACAAAAGACAACAAUCAGUCACUACUCCAGAUACAUCAAAUAAAAUUGUAUUACUCACAACAACGACGCGUACAUCUACCACGAAUACUGUUAGCAACAGUCAUAAUCAACGACCUGUAGUGCAAAAACUUUUACCUACUUCUUCAGUGACUACACCAUCAACCAGGAGUGCCAAAAUUCAACAGACAAAUCCAUUUGCUUCCCUACAACGCACGGAUACAACAUCCACAACAACAACUAGUGCUACUCCUUCUACCACUGCAUCUUCAGCCAGUGUACCAUCAACACCAAAUUCAGCAAUGCCAUUAUGUCUGGCACGUUUGUUUUCUAAAGAUCCAACAGUUACAACACCAAACAAUGACGAACUUGAAAAUGAAUUGAAAAAAACAUUAGGAAUACCAACAAAACCUCCUUUGAGUGUUCAAGAUCUGGAACGUCAGUUGUUGAAUGGUACAGCAUCGACAAUCACAACAGCUAAUACAGUCACUUCUUCUUCAAUUCAAAAUGAAAAGUCUCCAUCGGCAUCAAGUUCUCUAGUUUCAUGUGAUACAACAAACACCAAUAGUAAUGUAUCAGAUAUGAGAGAUAUUAAGCCGUCGGCUAUUUCAUCUGAAGGCUCAGUCUCAACACCACCACUUUCUGUUUCACCAAGAUUUCUAAUGAGUCCUCAUCAUACAAAUAGUCAACUGUUUGAAAAUCCAACACUGUCCACUGCAAAUACUGAAUGGCCAUCACGUUCUAUGUGUUCAUCAUCGUUUGAUUCAAAUAUUGGUAAUAGAUUAAUGACACCAGCUGAUUUCGCCGAUACAAAUAAAAUUUUAUUUUCCGGAAUGACGACGAAGAAUACAGCGCAACACUGUUGUCGAUGCCAAACACAAAAUGUAGCUCAGAUAUCCAAAGAUCAUUUAAAGCAAUUGCUUGUUAAAAUGUUACAGACUGAUGAAGAUUUUUUGUCAUGUCUUUAUAACGCCUAUGUCGAACAGCAAAGAUCGCCAUCAGGUAGGAUCUCUUAG